CGAGGGGAGGGGUGCACGAGUCUAGUUCUCUGUGGUCGUGGCUGUAAUCGCCGCUGGAAGCAGCGGAGAGAGGCAGAGAGAGAGGCAGAGAGAGAGAGGCGGCGGCUGGGAGCCGCAUAUAGAGGGGCGGCGGCUGGACGGGACCCUCACACCCACACCCACACCCACACUGUCCCGGGGCAGAUCUUGCAUCAACUAGCUGCCGGGCGCUUCGCCUUUGCCGGUCCCGGAGCUGGACUGCGGACAGACGGACGGACGGGAUGGAUUGGCGCUGGAGCCGGGCUCUCUCGCCUGUCAGUCGCUGAAGCCCCUUGGAGCAGCGGGGGGAGUGUGUGCGUGUGUGUGUGUGUGUGUGUGUGUGAGAGAUAGAGAGAGAGAGUGAGUGAGAGGGAGGGAGACAGAGUGUGAGAGAGAGAGAUAGUGUGUGUGAGAGUGUGAGUGUGAGAGAGAGAGUGAGUGUGAGAGAGAGCGAUAAAGAGAGAGAGAGAGAGAGAGACAGUGAGAAAGACAGAGAGACAGAGUGUGAGAGAGAGGGAGAGUGUGAGUGUGUGAGUGUUAGAGAGAUAGUGUGUGUGUGAGAGAGAUAGUGAGUGUGUGAGAGAGAUAGUGAGUGUAUGUGAGAGAGAGUGAGUGUGAGUGUGAGAGAGAGACAGUGAGUGUGUGAGUGUUAGAGAGAUAGUGUGUGUGUGAGAGAGAUAGUGAGUGUGUGAGUGAGUGUGAGAGAGAGUGAGUGUGAGUGUGAGAGAGAGAUAGUGAGUGUGUGUGUGUGUGUGUGUGUGAGGGAGCGCACACCCCCUUCUGGAUCAAAGCGGCGUCUGUGGAGAUUGUUUUAACAUGAUCUGUGCAAACCUGCUCUUCAUUCUGAUCGUUAUAGAUGAGAUGCUGCAGUGUGUCGGUGACCCAGCUCUGGCAGCGGGCUUGAGCGUGGACUGCGUGACGGCCAAUGAGCAGUGCGCGGCAGAGUCGAGCUGCAGCAGCCGCUACAGAACACUGCGUCAGUGUCUGGCUGGGAAAGCAGCCAUGCUCUUCGGACCCCAGGCCAAGAAUGAGUGCAUCGUGGCAGUGGUGGCCCUGCAGCGCAGCACGCUCUUCGACUGCCGCUGCAAGCGUGCCAUGAAGAAAGAGAAGCAGUGCCUGGCCAUCUACUGGAGUAUCCACCAGAGUUUGCAACAAGGAGAUGACCUCUAUGAAAACUCCCCAUACGAACUGAUUAACUCUCGUCUUUCUGACAUAUUCCGACUCGCUGCUAUCAGCUCAGGAAUGGAGGCUGCGGGAGCGCGGGGGAACCAGUGCCUGGAUGCAGCCAAGGCCUGCAACCUGAACGACACCUGCAAGAGGUACCGCUCCAUUUACAUCUCCACCUGCGUCAAGCGCACCUCCGCCACGGACAGCUGCAGCCGCCGCCGCUGCCACAAGUCGCUGCGGCAGUUCUUUGACCGCGUGCCGGCCGAGUACAGCUACCGGCUGCUCUUCUGCUCCUGCAACGACCCCGCCUGCGCCGAGCGGCGGCGACAGACCAUCGUGCCCGCCUGCUCGUACGAGAGCAAGGACAAGCCCAACUGCCUGGCGCUACACCAAACCUGCAAGACCGACCACGUGUGCAGGUCGAGACUAGCUGACUUCUUGUCCAACUGCCAGCCCUCCGCCCAGGCUGGGAGCGGCUGCUUCAGGGAAAACUACGCUGCCUGCCUACUAUCUUACUCUGGACUGAUCGGGAGUGACAUGACGCCAAACUAUGUGGACACGGCAGACGUGGUGGUGGCACCCUGGUGCUCGUGCAGCGGCAGUGGCAACCAGAAGGAAGAGUGCGACAAGUUUCUCAACUACUUCAAGGAGAACGUCUGCCUCAGAAAUGCGAUGCAAGCUUUUGGCAACGGCACAGAUGUGAAUUUGUGGAGGAGUUCCCUGCCCACCCAGACCACAACGCUACUGAAGUCCGACAAAACGGUGCAGAGUGCCCAGCCAUCCGACCACAUCAAGGAGAUCACCACAGCAGACGAUGCCAACAUUCUCAGCAUAUGCCCGGGUCCGCAGGAUAAUGGGUCAAAGUUCAAUAUCUCCAAAGAGCAGAGACAUUGCCUUCCCGAGACACAAGUCCCGACUCUGAAUCAGGACAAGAUUAAAGACAUGGAUAGAGUAACAAGCUACACAAACCCAAGGAACGGGAACUCCUUUGGUACAUGUCUCUGUGCCAAUGUGGCCUGGGUGGCCAUUUCCAGUUUGACCAUAACAAUCCUGACAUCAUAGGAGCCUCAAGGAGCCUAGAAGAAUUCAGGUCUCCACAUCCAUUCCGACUUAAUUGAGAAAUAUCCCCCCCGGGGGAGAGAAUGCAGACUGAAUUUUACUGAAUUUUAAAGAAGAGAGUGAAGGAGAGAGAGAGUGAGAGUGCGAGAGAGAGAGAGAGAGAGAUGGGGGAGGGGGGGGGGGGGUGAAAAGUUGUGUUUGUUUGCUAAAAGUGUGUGACAAAGAGUUGUCUCCCAAACCAUAGGCUUAUCAUGGAAACAACGUUACAAACCGACUCGGACCUUGGGUCUUAAGUGAACGAACUGCUGUCUCCACGCACCGGGCUGGCUGCACCAGCACUGUGUCUUGGCCCCCCCCUGGGGGAGUCAGCUGUCACCUUUUUUGGGCUCCGAUCUCCAGAGCCUUGCGAUCUGAGUAGCGCCUGCCACGUCACAGCAGCCCAGGUGGAAGGAGAGAAUUGUGAUUCCAAUUCAGCGACCCCACUGCUGUGGGGCCCAUCAUGGUUGUGUCAAACU